CAGGUGUAUUUAUCCAAAGAGAAGUACAGUGAUCCUCAGAAAGAGAGGUACUCCAGACCUCUCAAACCAACACUAUCAGAAUGAAUGGACAGAAGAAACAUCCAGUCAAGAGCUCACGGUCAGAGGAUGAAGAUUUGACUUCUCUAGUUAAUCAACUGCAGCUAAACGCAGAUCAAUUUGAAAAAUGUAUACAACAGAUUCAGAAACUGCAGAUUGAGGACACAGAAAACGAGAGCAACGGAUCUCCUUUGAAACACAACAGUGAGGUAAAAGAGAUUCUGUCUCAGGUGGAGAACUUAUUAUCGCCUCUCUUUCUGGAUGUGGACAAGGUGAAAAAAAGGAAAUACCCACUAGCCCGCUUAGUCGAGGAUGAUGUCAACCAGCUAUAUGACCGCUUUAGGAAGCAGCAUGGAAUAUACAGAAAUCUUUACAAUCAACUGAAACCUGCGUGUCCGACACCUGCUGUGGACUUGAGCAAAGGGCUGUCUGAUAACCAGAUCCAAGUGGAGAAGAAUCCAGUGAGGGAGAUGUCUCUUCCGGAGCAGCUCCUGCAAACAUUGGACAAUCUUGACAGUGACAAUUUAAAGAGAUUUAGGUGGUAUUUAAAACAAGAGCGAUCCGUUUCAGCCUCUCAUCUUGAGAAUGCAGAUUCAGUUGACAUAGUGGAUAAGAUGGUGGAGUGUUUUGGAGCAAAAGGAGCUUUUAAUACCACACUGAAUAUUCUGAGAAAGUUGAAACAAAACAACCUGGCCGAUCAGUUAGAGAACAACUUAAAAGAGGUCAACUAAAAUGUCAGGGUUGCCAACUUUGGAUUCCAGCUGCAGUGAGAUUUUCAUGUGGGGGGGGCUCUUCCUACAAAACCAGAAACACCAGUUUCUGUCCUCAGGCCAGAUCUCUCACAAACACUUAACAGUCAAUUAUAGUCGCUAUUUUAAACUGCUAUUGCUGAUGUUUUUUUGUGUACUUCUUUCUCAUGAUAUGAAAUCUUUUGAUAUAAGACUUAUUCUUAAGCCUUGUCCACAACGGGACGAUAAUCGUGCGCGCUUAUGGCCGACGUUUAACGCCUCGUGACUAAACAAAGGGCGCCAAUGUGAGUUUGCACACUUUGAAUAAAAAAUGAUGCUUUUACGCCUGCACGCGCAACGGCAGAUAUUUUUUAAUAUAUUUUUUUUAUUAAAAGCCUUGGGUUGUUUUUUGUUUUGUUUGAUGCGGCACGUUAAAAACUGGCCGACAUAUGAGUUUGGCGCGUUUGGCGCUUUUGUUUUUACGUGCCUGGAGCUGCUGAAGUUACAAUAAAACACGACCUGGUGGUGCUCAAGCACAAAACGGUCUUGAAAAAUGAAGAGGACGUAAGUAGACUUCUUCUGCUUGAUUUUUAAUUUGUUUAAUAAUUUGAUUGAUUUUAAAGAAGAAAUGGUCCUGUGUUUAUUUUACAACAUUGGCUUCACUACAUUAGACAAUGCUAUUAGAAUCCUGUGCUUUCUUGGAAAAAGUUAUAGCCAUAAAUGUAAAGUUAUAGGUUCUAAACCUAAUAUCAUUGUUUUUUGCUCUGAGUUAAAAAGUUAUGCCGAAACCCUUUAUAAAUUGAAGAAAACCAAAAAAGUAUUAAAACACAAAAUAUAUAUUAUAUAUGAUCGUUAGAUCACUAGUAAACAGAAAUACAACGUUUAAUUGAUUUCAUUCUGCCCCCUUACUCUGCUUAAAAACAAAAAAGAAAGUACUUUUUUAUAUUUUUCUUUUUUUAUUAUUAUUUUUGUAUUUAUUAUUUCAGUUUAUGUUUUUUCCCUUUUUUAUGUAUUAUGUUUACUUAUGUAAUGUUAUACAUCACUUUGAAAUGUAUCCCUUGUACUGCUUUUCAUAAUGUUCAUAAUUAUUGUAAUGUAUAAUGUGAAGCAAUAAUAAAAAAGUAGACUUCUUCUGUCUGACGAGUGAGUGUCAGAAGCAUAAAGUUGCGCAGCGUCACCUUGUGUACCCGGGUAUUUCUGUUUUUCAUUAAGCACCAUCUAAUGUCAGGAGUGAAUUUGAAUGUUCACUUGGCUCAUCGCCAGUGUAAAUCGCCUGGGUAUGAACGUCGAAAAACGCUGGCGAUAAUCGGCCCGGUGUGCACAAGCCAUUUAAGUGAAAGUUCACCCAAAAAUGAAAAAUUCUGUCAUCAUUUACUCACCCUCAUGUCAUCCAUACCUGUAGAAAAAAACGUACUUUAAAAUGACUUUGUUCUGAUAAACACGGAAAAGAUAUUUGGAAGAAUGUUAGCAAUUUUCAGUUCUGGGACAUGGUUGACUGAGAAAAGAAAUGAUGUAAAUGAUGACAGAGUUUAAAUUUUUAAGUGAACUGUCCCUUUAUGUAUUCCUAUUGGACUGUUUGUAUUUUGUAGCAAAAAAUGAAUGGAUGGAUGGAUGUUUUUAAAAGAGAAUAACAGAAA